AGAUCAUGCAUGAUGUGAUCAAGAAGGUGAAGAAGAAGGGGGAGUGGAAGGUGUUGGUGGUGGAUCAGCUGAGUAUGAGGAUGCUGUCCUCCUGCUGCAAGAUGACGGACAUCAUGACAGAGGGCAUAACCAUUGUGGAAGAUAUCAACAAGCGCAGGGAGCCCCUCCCCAGCCUGGAGGCCGUGUACCUCAUCACUCCGUCCGAGAAGUCCGUCCACUCUCUCAUCAGUGACUUCAAGGACCCACCGACUGCCAAGUACCGGGCGGCGCACGUGUUCUUCACCGACUCUUGUCCAGAUGCCCUUUUUAAUGAGCUGGUGAAGUCGCGAGCAGCCAAAGUCAUCAAAACUCUGACGGAAAUCAACAUCGCGUUCCUCCCGUACGAGUCCCAGGUGUACUCCUUGGACUCUGCCGACUCCUUCCAAAGCUUCUACAGUCCCCACAAGGCUCAGAUGAAAAACCCCAUCCUGGAGCGCCUGGCAGAGCAGAUUGCCACGCUGUGCGCCACCCUGAAGGAGUACCCGGCUGUGCGGUAUCGGGGGGAGUACAAGGACAAUGCCUUGCUGGCUCAGCUAAUCCAGGACAAGCUCGAUGCCUACAAAGCUGAUGACCCAACAAUGGGGGAGGGCCCGGACAAGGCGCGCUCCCAGCUCCUGAUCCUGGACCGCGGCUUUGACCCCAGCUCGCCUGUGCUUCACGAGCUGACCUUCCAGGCUAUGAGUUACGACCUGCUGCCUAUUGAGAAUGACGUGUACAAGUACGAGACGAGCGGCAUCGGAGAGGCGCGGGUGAAGGAGGUGCUCCUGGAUGAGGACGACGACCUGUGGAUCGCACUGCGCCACAAACACAUCGCCGAGGUGUCCCAGGAGGUCACCCGGUCUCUGAAAGACUUCUCCUCCAGCAAGAGGAUGAACACUGGAGAGAAGACCACCAUGCGGGACCUGUCCCAGAUGCUGAAGAAGAUGCCGCAGUACCAGAAGGAGCUCAGCAAGUAUUCAACCCACCUGCACCUUGCUGAGGACUGCAUGAAGCACUACCAAGGCACCGUAGAUAAACUCUGCCGAGUGGAGCAGGACCUGGCCAUGGGCACAGAUGCCGAGGGGGAGAAGAUCAAGGACCCCAUGAGAGCCAUCGUCCCCAUUCUGCUGGACGCAAACGUCAGCACUUACGACAAAAUCCGCAUCAUCCUCCUGUACAUCUUCUUGAAGAAUGGUAUCACUGAGGAGAACCUCAACAAGCUGAUCCAGCACGCCCAGAUCCCCCCGGACGACAGCGAGAUCAUCACCAACAUGGCGCACCUGGGCGUGCCCAUUGUCACUGACUCCACAUUGCGCCGCAGGAGCAAGCCCGAGCGGAAGGAGCGCAUCAGUGAGCAGACCUACCAGCUCUCACGAUGGACCCCGAUUAUUAAAGACAUCAUGGAGGAUACAAUCGAGGACAAACUUGACACCAAGCACUACCCUUACAUCUCCACUCGCUCCUCUGCCUCCUUCAGCACCACUGCUGUCAGUGCCCGCUAUGGACAUUGGCACAAGAAUAAGGCCCCUGGGGAGUACCGCAGUGGCCCCCGCCUCAUUAUUUUCAUCCUUGGGGGCGUGAGCCUGAACGAGAUGCGCUGUGCUUACGAGGUGACCCAAGCCAGCGGGAAGUGGGAGGUGCUGAUAGGUUCUACUCACAUUCUUACUCCCACCAAAUUUCUCAUGGACCUGAGACACCCCGACUUCAGGGAGUCCUCUAGGGUAUCUUUUGAGGAUCAGGCUCCAACAAUGGAGUGAGAGCCAAAGAAACAAAGAUCCACGCACAUCCUCACCCCACAGAAGCUGCUGGACACCCUGAAGAAGCUCAACAAAACAGAUGAAGAAGUGAGCAGUUAAGAGCUCAGCCGCCCUCCUCCACAGGACCCUCCCACAGUGCUCCGCGGCCCGCGCCCGCCUCCUCCGUUACUCUGCUGACCCCUGUCCGUUGCCUCCCUGCUCUGCACGCCCUGGCCGGCCCUGUUGCCGCUGCGUUCUUGUGUUUAAUGAUGCCCUCUUCUGUUUGAAACAAAAGAAAAUCAUGCAUUGUGUUUUUUAAAGAGUAUCUUCUAUAUGUACCCUAAAAGGACAGCGACGCGCUGCAGAAGUCCGCGGGCUGCCGGGAUGAGUGGACGGCCCCUCCCCGUGGUCUGUGACGCCGUGACCUUGUACAUAACCCGGCUUGGCGCGUGCAGAUUGCUUGAGUCUGGAAAGGUAGCAGCUUGGUGUUUUACAGACUGGUGUGGGCUGUUCGCGUUGUUGUUAGAACCACCGGGCUGUUCCUGCUGAGGACUCGUCUGCGGCCUGCACUCCAGUUCCCCUCCCGGCCCUGGUGCCUGCUCUCAUCCAGGUCAGCUGGGAAGUGGCCCUCUGGGGACACCUCGCAACAUCCGAGGUGGCACUGACCUCUUCGCUUUCGCUGGCAGCUAUGCCCCCAGUGGCACUGCUAUGGGUGGGGCUGAGGGUUCCACGGGCAGCCAGGCUGGGUGUCAGCUGGCAUCCCGUCGCCCACAACCUGUCACUGCCCCCUGCUGGCCCGUGUGCACAAGGUGUGCACGAGGGAAGUCUCACUGCAGUCCAAGUCCUGGUGCCCAGAGAAGCAAAAAGCAGACUUGCACCAGAGAUCUCGGUCUCCCUGGGAGAAACGCUUGGGCAUAAUGUGCGGACCAGCCCCCUCCCUUCCCUGGCGUCACCGCACUCGCCCCUUCCCCGAGUGGCGUCAGCCUGGGUAGGGACGGAGAGUCGGGCGUGGAGGCGCGCGAGGCAGGUGCUGAGGCUGUCGACAGGGCCCUUUGCUGGGCCUGAGGGUGGCCACUGGGCUUGCCCAGCCCCUGCACCGGCUCAGCAGGCAGCUGUGUCGAGCGUCCUCAGUUUCAGGUACCCCGAGUACUCGGUCGCGUGUCCUCGUGCUUGUAGACAAAACGAUCAUUUUAUUCCCUGUAUAAAAUCGUAGCUGUACAAAACUUCGCUCUAAAGCAAAAGUUGAAGAAGGGAAUGCCGGGAGGACGGCCAUCCGCGGGACUCGGCAGCUCCGCCCCGCGGUGUGAGCUCGCCGCGUUCUGCUGCUGUGCAGUAAAAUGGCAGUGGAAGUCACAGAAGCGUCCCCGGCCCAGCCCCCAGCCGCCCUUUAACCCCGCGGACCGUGGACACUCCGUGUCUCGUGAUUGUCGUUGCAAACGUGGUGUGUGCUAGUGCAGCCGCCCCGCCCGCCCGCCCGCCCCGGGUGCCGGCUGUGUCCCCUCCCCCCAGGUUAGUUUUCAGGGCUCCGCCGGCUCCCCGCUCCCUGCAGCCCCUGCUCCUCGGGACAGCACUGUAGGUACCCGCAUCGGUUCGUUCCUUACGUCGUCGCUGCUGGCCCGUCCCUGCCCCCCAGACCACGCGAUGCUCACGCUUCAGGACCUUGUUCGUCGAACGUGUUGGCUUUCCUUUCUGUUAUUUAUAUAUAUAAAAUAAUUUAUCAAAAGGAUAUUUUAGAAAAGCUGGUCUGUCUUGAGCCUUGUUGACCUGGCAUUACCGGAUCUCCGUGUUUGGAAGUACUGAAGCACAAACUUGCAUUAUCUCUGUACCGUUCUGUACAAGCCCUCGCGUCUACUCAAUAAAGAAAUCAGCACCCA